UGGCUGAUGUCAAGGAUAUUACCCCACCCAGGGGUCCUGCCUCAGAGAGGAGAGGAGAGGGAGGUCUGGCUGAUGAGAGGGAGAGAGAGUGGGACAGGGAGGGGCAGUGUAGUUGUGGAGAGGGAGGUCUGGCUGUGGGAGGUGAAGAGGGGGAGAGAAGAUAUAGAUAAUGAUAUAGGAGGAGGCAUGCUUUCAAUAGUGACUACCCCCACUCAUGAAAUGUGUUCCAUUGAGACUUAAUCAACCUAUUAGGGACAUAUAACAUGUAAAUUAAGUAAUUGUUGUAGGCUAUACCCUGUGUUUUGUGCAUCAUGUGACAUAGCAAGAUUGUAUCCUGUAUUUUAAGCCUUAUCCAUAAAUAGGAAUUACACCAAAAAUGUAAUGAAUUGUCUGAGGUGGUGCUGGACCAUCUGACAUCUCUGUGUGACAUCUGUGACACGUUGUGACACAGAGAAGACCUGCUGAGGCCCUGGGAGUCAACCAACCAACAUACUGUAACACUGUUCUCUAGAGGCCCUGAGGGUCAACCAACACACUGUAACACUGUUCUCUAGAGGCCCUGAGGGUCAACCAACCAACACACCGUAACACUGUUCUCUAGAGGCCCUGAGGGUCAACCAACCAACACACUGUAACACUGUUCUUUAGUGGCCCUGGGGGUCAACCAACCAACACACGGUAACACUGUUCUUUAGAGGCCCUGAGGGUCAACCAACCAACAUACUGUAACACUGUUCUCUAGAGGCCCUGAGGGUCAACCAACCAACAUACUGUAACACUGUUCUCUAGAGGCCCUGAGGGUCAACCAACCAACACAUUGUAACACUGUUCUCUAGAGGCCCUGGGGGUCAACCAACACACCGUAACACUGUUCUCUAGAGGCCCUGAGGGUCAACCAACCAACACACCGUAACACUGUUCUCUAGAGGCCCAGAGGGUCAACCAACCAACAUACCGUAACACUGUUCUCUAGAGGCCCUGAGGGUCAACCAACCAACAUACUGUAACACUGUUCUCUAGAGGCCCUGAGGGUCAACCAACCAACACACUAACACUGUUCUCUAGAGGCCCUGAGGGUCAACCAACCAACACACUAACACUGUUCUCUAGAGGCCCUGAGGGUCAACCAACCAACACACUAACACUGUUCUCUAGAGGCCCAGAGGGUCAACCAACCAACAUACUGUAACACUGUUCUCUAGAGGCCCUGAGGGUCAACCAACCAACACACUAACACUGUUCUCUAGAGGCCCUGAGGGUCAACCAACCAACACACUAACACUGUUCUCUAGAGGCCCUGAGGGUCAACCAACCAACACACCGUAACACUGUUCUCUAGAGGCCCUGAGAGUCAACCAACCAACACACUGUAACACUGUUCUUUAGAGGCCCUGAGGGUCAACCAACCAACAUACUGUAACACUGUUCUCUAGAGGCCCUGAGGGUCAACCAACCAACAUACUGUAACACUGUUCUCUAGAGGCCCUGAGGGUCAACCAACCAACACAUUGUAACACUGUUCUCUAGAGGCCCUGGGGGUCAACCAACACACCGUAACACUGUUCUCUAGAGGCCCUGAGAGUCAACCAACCAACAUACUGUAACACUGUUCUCUAGAGGCCCUGAGGGUCAACCAACCAACACACUAACACUGUUCUCUAGAGGCCCUGGGGGUCAACCAACCAACACACUAACACUGUUCUCUAGAGGCCCUGGGGGUCAACCAACACACUGUAACACUGUUCUCUAGAGGCCCUGAGGGUCAACCAACUAACACACUGUAACACUGUUCUCUAGAGGCCCUGAGGGUCAACCAACCAACACACUAACACUGUUCUCUAGAGGCCCUGAGGGUCAACCAACCAACAUACCGUAACACUGUUCUCUAGAGGCCCUGAGGGUCAACCAACCAACACAUUGUAACACUGUUCUCUAGAGGCCCUGGGGGUCAACCAACACACCGUAACACUGUUCUCUAGAGGCCCUGAGAGUCAACCAACCAACACACUGUAACACUGUUCUCUAGAGGCCCUGAGGGUCAACCAACCAACACACUAACACUGUUCUCUAGAGGCCCUGGGGGUCAACCAACCAACACACUAACACUGUUCUCUAGAGGCCCUGGGGAUCAACCAACACACUGUAACACUGUUCUCUAGAGGCCCUGAGGGUCAACCAACUAACACACUGUAACACUGUUCUCUAGAGGCCCUGAGGGUCAACCAACCAACACACUAACACUGUUCUCUAGAGGCCCUGAGGGUCAACCAACCAACAUACUGUAACACUGUUCUCUAGAGGCCCUGAGGGUCAACCAACCAACAUACUGUAACACUGUUCUCUAGAGGCCCUGAGGGUCAACCAACCAACACAUUGUAACACUGUUCUCUAGAGGCCCUGGGGGUCAACCAACAUACUGUAACACUGUUCUCUAGAGGCCCUGAGGGUCAACCAACCAACAUACUGUAACACUGUUCUCUAGAGGCCCUGAGGGUCAACCAACCAACAUACUGUAACACUGUUCUCUAGAGGCCCUGAGGGUCAACCAACCAACACAUUGUAACACUGUUCUCUAGAGGCCCUGGGGGUCAACCAACACACCGUAACACUGUUCUCUAGAAGCCCUGAGGGUCAACCAACCAACAUACUGUAACACUGUUCUCUAGAGGCCCUGGGGGUCAACCAACCAACACACUUUAGCACUGUUCUCUAGAGGCCCUGGGGGUCAACCAACCAACACACUUUAGCACUGUUCUCUAGAGACCCUGGGGGUCAACCAACACACUGUAGCACUGUUCUCUAGAGGCCCACAUAGGUUUCACACACCUUAUUUCCUAUAUAGUGCACUACUUUUAACCAGAGAUGGGCCCUGGUUAAAUGCAGUUCAUGGUAUGGGUAAUAGGGUGCCAUUCAGCAGCAGCCUCUGUGUGAAGGAAUGUCUCUCAAUAUGGUGGAGCCUGGAGGAUGGGGGGCAGCCUUUGUUAGGACCCCCCAGGGGUACGGCUGUAUUCAUACCCAGACAGCCCUGCAUGCCUGGGGGUUCAAUGAUCAGCCUUCCCCCCUCUAUCCCCUCCUCUCUCACCUUGGUGUGACAUACCAGACUCAGCAGUGGGCUGCAUGUUGGGCUGGCUAUCUGUGCCAUCACAACAGUCUGCAGGCUUGGUCCCUGUAGAUAGAAAUGCAGUAAAAUAGAUAUUCCAAUUUAAAUACUAUGAUCCAAGUGGGACAUUCGGCCACCAUAUUGGAGUGUGAAGAAUAUAAUGUGGGGUUUAGAGCUACAUUCAUCUGUUAUUUUAUUUCUAUGCGUUUGGUUUUCAAACACAGGCAAAUCAAAUCAAACAGGCUGAUUAAGACAUGAAAUACUGGAAACAGGCUGAAUAAGACAUGAAACACAGGAAACAGGCUGAAUAAGACAUCAAAUACUGGAAACAGGCUGAAUAAGACAUGAAACACAGAAAACAGGCUGAAUAAGACAUCAAAUAUUGGAAACAGGCUGAAUAAGACAUCAUUGGAGCCAUAGCCUGCGUUUAGACAGUCAGCCCAAUUCUGAACUUUUUCCCACUAAUUGGUCUUUUGACCAAUCACAUCAGAUCUUUUCACACCUUAUCUUUUUCAGAGCUCAUCCGAUUGGUUAAAAAAUAUCACAAUUGGACUGCCUGUCUAAACGCAGCCAUAGAGACUCAGGACACAAUCACAUAUCUAAUAAUCACUGUUGCUGGGCAGAUAUUAAACUCAACUUACUAUAUAGUAAUAGAGGCACAAACUGUCUUUCUGUCCCUAAACAAUCUUACAAGAGGAGGGUACAAUGAGAGUGAGACUAGCAACUGUAGCUAGGUCUCUGUGUUCGAUGACACAUAUUAGUCUGAAAUGUAAUGUUAGAUCUAAGCAGGCUGAGUUACUACACAUGGCACCCAGUCUGAUGCAGAAGGAGAGGACCAUAUGAUAAAGGACCAGAUCAGAGUCAAUUAUAAUGACCUUAGACCUGGUUUACGACAUAUUGAUAUUACAGAUGAUCUUCUAUAACCCUUAAAGUCACAUGGUAGUUAUACAUUUAGCCACUCAUCAUCAGCUUCUAAGUAUAGAGAAGGCCCGUCUAUAGGCCUACACAGUGAAGCAGGCUAGCUCUUGGUUUGCGUCCCAAAUGGCACCCUAUUCGCUAUAUAGUGCACUACUUCGACCAGGGCCGAUAGAGGGCCAUUUGGGACGCACUCCCUCUCCUCUUCUUCCUCUGUGGCCUAUAAAACUUACUAUUUUGACUGCCUGUGACAGGAUAGGCAGGGGGUGACAAACUGAAGUCCACACUGCCUCCUCCACUGAACUCACAUUUACAGAGACACCAGAGAGGCCUGUAGAAACAGUACCAUUGCCAGUUAACUAAUGCUAAGUAUUUAUCUAUCCACUUAUAUGGCUAACAGGAUGAGCAUGGUGUAGCAGCUAAGGACUAACACAAGACUAACAAGGGGAGACUUACUGUUAACUCCCGUCCACAUUCACUGAGGUGGAUCUGAUUCCCUUGUGUGGAUUGUCUAGGAGGAAAGCCCUGGAAAUUACUCACACUUGAGAAAAGCCUUGGACUUUACUAAAAACUGUGGAUCUUACUAAGAGAAGAGCCUUGGACUUUACCAACAGAAGAGCCUUGGACUUUACCAACAGAAGAGCCUUGGACUUUACCAACAGAAGAGCAUUGGACUUUACCAACAAAAGAGCCUUGGACUUUACCAACAAAAGAGCCCUGGACUUUACCAACAGAAGAGCCUUGGACUUUACCAACAAAAGAGCCUUGGACUUUACCAACAAAAGAGCCUUGGACUUUACCAACAAAAGAGCCUUGGACUUUACCAACAGAAGAGCCUUGGACUUUACCAACAGAAGAGCCUUGGACUUUACCAACAGAAGAGCCUUGGACUUUACCAACAGAAGAGCCUUGGACUUUAUCAACAGAAGAGCCUUGGACUUUACCAACAGAAGAGCCUUGGACUUUAGCAACAGAAGAGCCUCAGAUCAAGGAGAAGAGAUUUGGACUCAAGGCUUACGAAGACUCGAGGAAAGCUUUGGACAGAAGACGAAGAUGACAAUGUAUGGUCUGUGUUCUUCUGUAGAUAAUGCAUCUCUUAACAUCAGUGGUUCAUCAGAAUUACAAUUCCCAUCUUUCUUUUUAUUUUGGUUUAGAACUGAAUUGCCCAUAUGAGUGCCAGCAGUUAAUAUGAGACAGAUCAGGGCCUGUAUGAUGCCUCUCAGAGUAGGACUGCUGAUCUAGGACCAGUUUCUCCCGGUCCAUUCAUUAUAAUCUAAAAGCCAAAACUGGUCCUGGAUCAGCACUCAGGCACUUUAUGAAUACAGACCCAGCUCAUUUGCAUGCAUUAUGAAAUUGAGUGUGAGCUCUGUCCUGAUGUGUGAUGUUCUCAGCUGAGGCUGUCCAGUUGUGACAAAGUGGUGAUGAAGACCAGCACGACUGGGGCAUGCUUUCUGGUAAGAGUGUGUGUGUCAGUGUUAUAAUACUCGAGACCGGUCUCGAGACCAUAUAUUGAGUAUCUCGGUCUUGUCUCGGUGUUGGAUACAUUGGUAUAACAAACCAAACAGAUGCCUCACAUGUCCUCAACUGGCAGCUUCAUUAAAUAGUACCUGCAAAACACCAGUCUCAACGUCAACAGUGAAGAGGUGACUCUGGGAUGCUGACCUUCUAGGCAGAGUUGCAAAGAAAAAGCCAUAUCUCAGACUGGCCAAUAAAAAUAAACGAUUAAGAUGGACAAAAGAACACAGACACUGGACCUUUUCUUUGCAACUCUGCCUAGAAGGUCACAUCCCGUAGACGCCUCUUCACUGUUGACGUUGAGACUGGUGUUUGUGCGGGUACUAUUUAAUGAAGCUGCCAGUUGAGGACCUGUGAGGCAUCUGUUUCUCAAACUAGACGUUCUAAUGUAUCUGUCCUCUUGCUCAGUUAUGCACCGGGGCCUCCCACUCCUCUUUCUAUUCUGGUUAGAGCCAGUUUGCGCUGUUCUGUGAAGGGAGUAGUACACAGCGUUGUACGAGAUCUUCAGUUUCUUGGCAAUUUCUCGCACGGAAUAGCCUUCAUUUCUCAGAACAAGAAUAGACUGACGAGUUUCAGAAGAAAGUUAUUUGUUUCUGGCCAUUUUGAGCCUGUAAUCGAACCCACAAUUGCUGAUGCUCCAGAUACUCAACUAGUCUCAAGAGUGCCAGUUUUAUUGCUUCUUUAAUCAGCACAACAGUUUUCAGCUGUGCUAACAUAAUUGCAAAAGUGUUUUCUAAUGAUCAAUUAGCCUUUUAAAAUGAUAAACUUGGAUUAGCAAACACAACGUGCCAUUGGAACACAGGACUGAUGGUUGCUGAUAAUGGGCCUCUGUACGCCAAUGUAGAUAUUCCAUAAAAAAUCUGCCGUUUCCAGCUACAAUAGCCAUUUACAACAUUAACAAUGUCUACAUUGUAUUUCUGAUCAAUUUGAUGUUAUUUUAAUGGACCAAAAAAUUGAUUUUCUUUCGAAAACAAGGACAUUUCUAAGUGACCCCAAACUUUUGAACGGUAGUGUAUGUAGCAAGCUAAAAACACGGAGCCUAACGUUAGCUAGAUAGCUAGCUGCUAGCAGGAUGUCAUGUCAUGCCAUUGGAGGAGUGGGUGAGUGAAUUACUUUUUCCCCUCAUAUUAUUUUUCGGUGGCUUUACACAGCUAGAGAUGCAGCUGUCAUUUGGUUAGCUAGCAAGAACUUGAAUGACUGUUAUCCAGUUAGCAUACAGUGGGGGAAAAAAGUAUUUAGUCAGCCACCAAUUGUGCAAGUUCUCCCACUUAAAAAGAUGAGAGAGACCUGUAAUUUUCAUCAUAGGGACACGUCAACUAUGACAGACAAAUUGAGAAAAAAAAUCCAGAAAAUCACAUUGUAGGAUUUUUAAUGAAUUUAUUUGCAAAUUAUGGUGGAAAAUAAGUAUUUGGUCACCUACAAACAAGCAAGAUUUCUGGCUCUCACAGACCUGUAACUUCUUCUUUAAGAGGCUCCACUGUCCUCCACUCGUUACCUGUAUUAAUGGCACCUGUUUGAACUUGUUAUCAGUAUAAAAGACACCUGUCCAGGGACGGCUUGUUCAAUAGGGCGAUAUGGGCGACGCACUGCCAAACGGGAAAAGGAAGGGAUUUUUUUUCUAAUCAAUUAUAUCACGGCAACAGCAGUUAUCAGUGUUCACGUCUGAUCUGCCAGCCACUAAAUGUCAAAUCAGGCUAAAGUCGUGCUUCAAAUGGCCCCGCCCGUUUUUGGGGCGAUUUCAGUCAAGUUGAAAAUCGCCCAGAAGUCUCUCAUAGCCUGUCAUGUAAAAUCUAUUUUUUUCACAUUUCAAAGCUUUCAAUACAUUCUCUAUGGGUGUCUGUGGGCUUGCACUUACGCGCUUUCGUCAUACGUGACGUAACGUUGAACGUAACUAAGACAAUGGCGGCUAGAAGCGUCUCUGUUGCGACCUGCAGUGCGGCGUUAUUUUAUGUUUUUAAUUUGUAGACUUAGUUUACAAACAUUCUGCCAACCAUGGAUUUCCAGUGGUUGGUUUUGGACUGAUCUUGUUGAUCGUGUACAUACCCGCUACGAACGGACUAAAUAAUGAAAACGCUGCUGGCAGCUGAAUCCCAAUACAGCUGGGAGACUUGGCUGGAUGAGUCCCGGACAGAGAAGUGGAGCCGGCCACCUUCACCCUGGUCAGAGCGGACCGCGAUCCUGGUAAGAGAGCGACUCUGUACCCCGACAUUGAACUGCUUUCUGUGUCAUUGCGACCUUACUAUCAAUUCAAUUCAAUUUAAGGGCUUUAUUGGCAUGGGAAACGUGUGUUAACAUUGCCAAAGCAAGGGAAGUAGAUAGUAAACAAAAGUGAAAUAAACAAUAAAUAUUAACAGUAAACAUUACACUCAGAAGUUUCAAAAGAAUAAAGACAUUUCAAAUGUCAUAUUAUGUAUAUAUACAGUGUUGUUACAAUGUGCAAAUAGUUAAAGUACAAAUGGGAAAAUAAAUAAACAUAAAUAUGGGUUGUAUUUACAAUGGUGUUUGUUCUUCACUGGUUGCCCUUUUCUUGUGGCAACAGGUCACAAAUCUUGCAGCUGUGAUGGCACACUGUGGUUUUUCACCCAGUAGAUAAGGGAGUUUAUCAAAAUUGGGUUUGUUUUCGAAUUCUUUGUGGAUCGCUGUAAUCUGAGGGAAAUAUGUGUCUCUAAUAUGGUCAUACAUUUGGCAGGAGGUUAGGAAGUGCAGCUCAGUUUCCACCUCAUUUUGUGGGCAGUGUGCACAUAGCCUGUCUUCUCUUGAGAGCCAGGUCUGCCUACGGCGGCCUUUCUCAAUAGCAAGGCUAUGGUCACUGAGUCUGUACAUAGUCAAAGCUUUCAUUAAGUUUGGGUCAGUCACAGUGGUCAGGUAUUCUGCCACUGUGUACUCUCUGUUUAGGGCCAAAUAGCAUUCUAGUUUGCUCUGUUUUUUGGUUUGUUCUUUCCAAUGUGUCAAGUAAUUCUCUUUUUGUUUUCUCAUGAUUUGGUUGGGUCUAAUUGUGUUGUUGUUGUUGUUGUUGUUGUCCUGGGGCUGUGUGGGGUCUGUUUGUGUUUGUGAACAGAGGCCCAGGACAAGCUUACUUAGAUGACUCUUCUCCAAGUUCAUCUCUCUGUAGGUGAUGGCUUUGUUAUGGAAGGUUUGGGAAUCGCUUCCUUUUAAGUGGUUACUAUCUGCCCCGUGAGUUCCCCCAAUUGUUUGUUACCGUUGUGUACUGUUGAUAAUCACAAGUUUACUGGAGAACUGAGACCAAGUAGAGACUUUGGACAGGGUGGAUAUGGUAUAAUAAAGGCAGUUUAUUCAGAGGUAAAGAUAUCUGGAAUCGCGUGCACGGACUCGUGCACGUGUGUAGGUCACCUAAAUCAUCAGAAAAAUUGCCCCUCCUGAGAAUUCUUUCAGGAGCCGCCACUGCACCUGUCCACAACCUCAAACAGUCACACUCCAAACUCCACUAUGGCCAAGACCAAAGAGCUGUCAAAGGACACCAGAAACAAAAUUGUAGACCUGCACCAGGCUGGGAAGACUGAAUCUGCAAUAGGUAAGCAGCUUGGUUUGAAGAAAUCAACUGUGGGAGCAAUUAUUAGGAAAUGGAAGACAUACAAGACCACUGAUAAUCUCCCUCGAUCUGGGGAACGCAAGAUCUCACCCCGUAGGGUCAAAAUGAUCACAAGAACGGUGAGCAAAAAUCCCAGAACCACACGGGGGGACCUAGUGAAUGACCUGCAGAGAGCUGGGACCAAAGUAACAAAGCCUACCAUCAGUAACACACUACGCCGCCAGGGACUCAAAUCCUGCAGUGCCAGACGUGUCCCCCUGCUUAAGCCAGUACAUGUCCAGGCCCAUCUGAAGUUUGUUAGAGUGCAUUUGGAGGAUCCAGAAGAGGAUUGGGAGAAUGUCAUAUGGUCAGAUGAAACCAAAAUAGAACGUUUUGGUAAAAACUCAACUCGUAGUGUUUGGAUGACAAAGAAUGCUGAGUUGCAUCCAAAGAACACCAUACCUACUGUGAAGCAUGGGGGUGGAAACAUCAUGCUUUGGGGCUGUUUUUCUGCAAAGGAACCAGGACGACUGAUCCGUGUAAAGGAAAGAAUGAAUGGGGCCAUGUAUCGUGAGAUUUUGAGUGAAACCUCCUUCCAUCAGCAAGGGCAUUGAAGAUGAAACGUGGCUGGGUCUUUCAGCAUGACAAACACACCGCCCGGGCAACGAAGGAGUGGCUUCGUAAGAAGCAUUUCAAGGUCCUGGAGUGGCCUAGCCAGUCUCCAGAUCUCAACCCCAUAGAAAAUCUUUGGAGGGAGUUGAAAGUCCGUGUUGCCCAGCGACAGCCCCAAAACAUCACUGCUCUAGAGGAGAUCUGCAUGGAGGAAUGGGCCAAAAUACCAGCAACAGUGUGUGAAAACCUUGUGAAGACUUACAGAAAUCGUUUGACCUGUGUCAUUGCCAACAAAGGGUAUAUAACACAGUAUUGAGAAACUUUUGUUAUUGACCAAAUACUUAUUUUCCACCAUAAUUUGCAAAUAAAUUCAUUAAAUAUCCUACAAUAUGAUUUUCUGGAUUUUUUUCCCUCAUUUUGUCUGUCAUAGUUGACGUGUACCUAUGAUGAAAAUUACAGGCCUCUCUCAUCUUUUUAAGUGGGAGAACUUGCACAAUUGGUGGCUGACUAAAUACUUUUUUCCGCCAAUGUAUCUCUUGCGUUCGCAAAUUCACUCUGGCUAUCUACUCUGAUUUCAGAGCACUCUCGUCUGUGUGCUAGAGCGCAGAACAACUGAUGACUUUACGAACGCUCAACACCCACUGAAUAUGACCGGUGUCAGUAAACUUAGGCAAAAAAAGUAGUAGUUAGUCAAAAUCGCUCUAAAUAACAAGUAAACAGCCUAACCAGCUCUGCUACGAUGAGUAAAAUGGUCAGAGUGACGUGUUCUCUCAUUUGUGUCUGGAAGUAGCUCGCUAGCAAGCUAGCCAACUUUAGCCAGUUAGCUUGGAUGCUUGGUUGGGACUAGCAUUCAUUGGCAGGCAAGCUGCAGAAGGACGAGGAGGCUACAAUUCCCCAUCGUUUAUCAGUGCAAUUUUGAUGGCCAACUAGCUGAAAAAGUUUGAGAGGGUUUAUCUAAUGUUCCUUCGUUAGAUUUGAGCUCAUCUUGCUCUGGCUAGCAUUAGUUGUUGAUCUUGUUGUUGUUGAUGUGCAUAACUAGGGAGAGAGAGCCUACCUUUUUAUUGUUGUUUGAUCAAUAGGACUGUAAAGUUCCCAAAUGUAAGAGGACUCCCGUGGUGUUUACAUACAGUAUUUACAGAAAUUCAUUUGAUGUAUUUUGUGGCUUUUGGCGAAUGCGUUCUAAUGAUCUAAAGUCGCGCUGUUGUAACUACCUGUAAACACACAGUCCAGUUCAAAGUGAAUGAUGGCAGGCCCGUGUGGCAAAUGGCUUGUUUGUAUAAAGGCCUACUGUAGCUCUGAUUGGCUAUAGCGCACCGGUCUGUGUAGACUCCGGUCCUGGACAAGACAGAUGUUCUUAUUCGGUUUUAUUUACUGCAGUGUCUUAAUUGUACAAACACACGGUCGCUUUCCCACUCUAUAUUACUAUACAUUUUCAAAUGCCUUAGUAUACGUCAUUCCCAAACAUUCUAUGAAUUUAUGAAAACGUGAAAAUGACCAUAUCUAAGCGGUCGCUUGUCAGACAACGUUUUAAAAAGUGUAAUAUUCUUCCUGGGGGUGUAUAUGAACAGAUUUGAAUAAGAUUUCAUGUUGCUAAAAUGCUUUCAUUUCCUUUAAAUGCAACAAUGUUUCACACACACACACAAGUUAUUUUCAAAGAGAUGGCUAACAACAGCAAGAGCACUGAAAUAAAAAAACACAGUUCCACUCACCAGAUGAUGAUAGUUUGAAAGUUUACUUCUCGUUGAAAGUUAUUCUUGAAAAGGGAGAAGCUAACAAAUUAGCAACAGCAUCCUCUUUGAUAACACCUGCUGCAGCUGCUGCAAACUAGCCGACAACAAAAUCUAGCUAGCUAGCUAGACCAUGGGAAAACUACUGCUCAUUAUUGCGCAGUGACCUGUUGGCCUUCAAUAAGGCAGAAGUUUACAUACAUUUUUGUAAAAACCGUCCCACCCGUUAAGUCAAAAUGUGAUUGGUUGAUUCCACUGUCACUCGAAAAUGUUGCCCUAAUACAGUUGAAUAGCAGAUUACUUUACCUCGACUUCUUGGCGCUGACGGAAACAUGGAUUACCACUGAAAACACUGCUACUCCUACUGCUCUCUCCUCAUCUGACCAUGUGUUCUCGCAUACCCCGAGAGCAUCUGGUCAGCGGGGUGGUGGCACAGGAAUCCUCAUCUCUCCCAAGUGGACAUUCUCUCUUUUUCCCGUGACCCAUCUGUCUAUCUCCUCAUUUGAAUUCCAUGCUGUCACAGUCACUAGCCCAUUCAAGCUUAACAUCCUUGUCAUUUAUCGCCCUCCAGGUUCCCUUGGAGAGUUCAUCAAUGAGCUCGACGCCUUGAUAAGUUCCUUUCCUGAGGAUGGCUCACCCCUCACAGUUCUGGGUGACUUCAACCUCCCUACGUCUACCUUUGACUCAUUUCUCUCUGCCUCCUUCUUUCCACUCCUCUCCUCUUUUGACCUCACCCUCUCACCGUCCCCCCCUACUCACAAGGCAGGCAAUACGCUUGACCUCAUCUUUACUAGAUGCUGUUCUUCUACUAAUCUCACUGCAACUCCCCUCCAAGUCUCCGACCACUACUUUGUAUCCUUUUCUCUCUCGCUCUCCUCCAACACUACUCACUCUGCCCCUACUCAAAUGGUAAUGCGCCGUCGCAACCUUCGCUCUCUCUCUCCCGCUACUCUCUCCUCUUCCAUCCUAUCAUCUCUUCCCUCUGCUCAAUCCUUCUCCCUCCAAUCUCCUGAUUCUGCCUCCUCAACCCUCCUCUCCUCCCUUUCUGCAUCCUUUGACUCUCUAUGUCCCCUAUCCUCCCGGCCGGCUCGGUCCUCCCCUCCUGCUCCGUGGCUUGACGACUCAUUGCGAGCUCACAGAACAGGGCUCCGGGCAGCCGAGCGGAAAUGGAGGAAAACUAGACUCCCUGCGGACCUGGCAUCUUUUCACUCCCUCCUCUCUACAUUUUCUUCAUCUGUUUCUGCUGCUAAAGCCACUUUCUACCACUCUAAAUUCCAAGCAUCUGCCUCUAACCUUAGGAAGCUCUUUGCCACCUUCUCCUCCCUGCUGAAUCCUCCUCCCCCUCCCCCUCCCCCCCUCCACCCUCUCUGUGGAUGACUUCGUCAACCAUUUUGAAAAGAAGGUUGAUGACAUCCGAUCCUCGUUUGUUAAGUCAAAUGACACUGCUGGUCCUGCUCACACUGCCCUACCCUAUGCUUUGACUUCUUUCUCCCCUCUCUCUCCAGAUGAAAUCUUGCGACUUGUGACGGCCGGCCGCCCAACAACCUGCCCGCUUGACCGUAUCCCCUCCUCUCUUCUCCAGACCAUCUCCGGUGACCUUCUCCCUUACCUCACCUCGCUCAUCAACUCAUCCUUGACCGCUGGCUAUGUCCCUUCCGUCUUCAAGAGAGAGAGAGUUGCACCCCUUCUCAAAAAACCAACACUCGAUCCCUCUGAUGUCAACAACUACAGACCAGUAUCCCUUCUUUCUUUUCUCUCCAAAACUCUUGAGCGUGCCGUCUUUAGCCAACUCUCUUGCUAUCUCUCUCAGAAUUACCUUCUUGAUCCAAACCAGUCAGGUUUCAAGACUGGUCAUUCAACUGAGACUGCUCUUCUCUGUGUCACAGAGGCUCUCCGCACUCCUAAAGCUAACUCUCUCUCCUCUGCUCUUGUCCUUCUAGACCUGUCUGCUGCCUUUGAUACUGUGAACCAUCAGAUCCUCCUCUCCACCCUCUCCGAGUUGGGCAUCUCCGGCGCGGCUCACUCUUGGAUUGCGUCCUACCUGACCGGUCGCUCCUACCAAGUGGCGUGGCGAGAAUCUGUCUCCGCACCACGUGCUCUCACCACUGGUGUCCCCCAGGGCUCAGUUCUAGGCCCUCUCCUAUUCUCGCUAUACACCAAGUCACUUGGCUCUGUCAUAUCCUCACAUGGCCUCUCCUAUCAUUGCUACGCAGACGACACACAACUAAUUUUCUCCUUUCCCCCUUCUGAUAACCAAGUGGCGAAUCGCAUCUCUGCAUGUCUGGCAGACAUAUCAGUGUGGAUGACGGAUCACCACCUCAAGCUGAACCUCGGCAAGACGGAGCUGCUCUUCCUCCCGGGGAAGGACUGCCCGUUCCAUGAUCUCGCCAUCACGGUUGACAACUCCGUUGUGUCCUCCUCCCAGAGUGCAAAGAGCCUUGGCGUGACCCUGGACAACACCCUGUCGUUCUCCGCUAACAUCAAGGCGGUGACCCGAUCCUGUAGGUUCAUGCUCUACAACAUUCGGAGAGUACGACCCUGCCUUACACAGGAAGCGGCACAGGUCCUAAUCCAGGCACUUGUCAUCUCCCGUCUGGAUUACUGCAACUCGCUGUUGGCUGGGCUCCCUGCCUGUGCCAUUAAACCCCUACAACUCAUCCAGAAUGCCGCAGCCCGUCUGGUGUUCAACCUUCCCAAGUUCUCUCACGUCAACCCGCUCCUCCGCACACUCCACUGUCUUCCAGUUGAAGCUCGCAUCUGCUACAAGACCAUGGUGCUUGCCUACGGAGCUGUGAGGGGAACAGCACCUCCGUACCUUCAGGCUCUGAUCAGUCCCUACACCCAAACGAGGGCAUUGCGUUCAUUCACCUCUGGCCUGCUGGCCCCCCUACCUCUGCGGAAGCACAGUUCCCGCUCAGCCCAGUCAAAACUGUUCGCUGCUCUGGCACCCCAAUGGUGGAACAAGCUCCCUCACGACGCCAGGACAGCGGAGUCACUCACCACCUUCCGGAGACACUUGAAACCCCACCUCUUUAAGGAAUACCUGGGAUAUGUUAAGUUGCGUCAAUUCAAAUCUGGUAUUAGGAACAAAAGAGGUCAAUACACAUUUUCUAAAAUAGACUAGUAUUUUAAUUAAUGCAAACCACUUCAAUGGUAAAUAUGAUGUUCGUAUAUACGGGUCCACUGAAAUACCACGCAGGGCACUCAGAGAACUGAUCCAUUGUUCUAAGUUCUUCUUCAAAUACUCUGACAGAGAUAGUUCCCGCUCCCUGCUGGCCAAUCAGAGUAGAGACUGAGCGUGGUUUAGACUUAGUCAGCCAAUCGUUGGCGCACAGGCUGGUCCCAGAACUUGGCGCUUCACUGUUGCCAGGCAUAAGUUGUUAUCAUCACAACCUGUAGAGUCAGCACCCAUAGACACUGUUCCCCUGUACUCUUUGUACCUACGUCCUUGGACGGUUCACAGAUCACAAAGAGGCAGUGUUCGUGUAUGUGAGACACAAGUUCUUAUCUCCCCCUACUCCCUAAAACAGCUCCUCACAUUAAUCACAGCUUGUUAGGUUAAACAAUUUAUAUCAUCUUUUAUGUUUAAUCAUUAAUGCAUUAUUUCUAAGCUAGGCAUCACAUCUAGAUCCCCACAGAUAGGAUAGAGUAAUCCUUCUACCCCCCCCUUACCCCACCCCAAAGAAAGAAGAAAAAAAAGAAAAAAAAGAAGAAAAAGAAAAGAAAAAAAAAACAUAUUGUAAAGUGGUUAUCCCACUGGCUAUAAGGUGAAUGCACCAAUUGGUAAGUCGCUCUGGAUAAGAGCGUCUGCUAAAUGACGUAAAUUUAAAAAUUUAAAUCUGGCUUCUGAUGUCCUAGCCAAUGGCUGACUUAGCUAGCUAGAUGUAUCUCCACAAAGACCAGCAGUGUUAACCCUUUCCUUUCCAACAAAAACUGAAGAGAUUAAAUCAGAACCUAAUUGUUAUUACAAAAUAUUAUUAUAAUCAUUAUUUUAUAAAUCCUUAAAGUAUUUUAUACAUCUGAAGGCAUAGAAGGCCCAUUGUUCCCCACAGUGUUUGAGUUAGUAAUAAUUUGUAGACUGGCUCUAUUUUCCCUCAGCAUGCAUUCUUUCACUAUUCUGAAUCUCUAAAGAAUCCAUAUGUUGUUCUGAAAUAUGAACACAGAAAUACUGGACAUUUUGAACUCUUCUUAUGUGGUGAUUUGACAAAAUUACAAUCAUGGUCUUGAAUUGGAAUCGCAGUCUUGACUCGGUCUCGGACCCCUUGUCCCCAUCCCGGUCUCGGUCUUGACUCGGUCUCUGACCCCUUGUGCCCCUCCCGGUCUCGGUCGUGACUCAGUCUCGCCCCCCCUCCGGUCUUGACUCAGUCUCGAUUUGCUCCAGUCUUGGUCUUGAAUCGGUCUCGCUUUAGAUGGUCUUGAACACAACACUGGUGUGUGUGCAUUGGUGUGAGGGGUUGUGCUGGUGUUGAGCAUGUGUGUGUGUUUAUUUGUGUGGGUAUGUGAGGGUUUGUUGGUUUUGUGUGUGUGUGUGUGUGUGUGUGUGUGUGUGUGUGUGUGUGUGCAGCUGCUCUUGCUUUCAUGAAACUCUUGUAUACUGUGAUACAACUAAGAUGGUUAAUUCAAUUUAUUGAAUGAUCUAUGCUGUCACUGUAACAUUACAGAAGAUGACAGAGAGGGAUCUUCAGAAGUUUCCCACCAUUCAUAUUCCGUAAAUCUAAAGUCAAAACGAUUUAAUUUUAUAUUCAGAUAAAGUAACACUUGUGAAACAACUCUGGUCCCUUAAGCAAGUCUUAACCAGUCUCCUCUACCACACAAAAACCUCAUUGAAAGUCUUUUACUGAGAUCAUUUAAUCAGUAUGUUAAAGAGGGUGGAAAUGAUGGUCACCCACAUAUAAAUACAGUUGGUUUGGACAUGGUCGUGUGUGUGUAAAGGAGGUCACGCUGCUUGCUUAGCGAGUACCGCUUCGGCCCAUACCUGGCACGGACUUGGGACCUCUACCUCACAAACACACGUGACCAUCCUCCCUCAAGCGUUUUAGCCGAUCGCACUAGCUAAUGAGGCGAUGCAAGCGGGACACUUCAGGCUGAGGAGUAUGUUUCACACAUCCCCAUAUGCUACAUGUGUGUGUGCGUGUACUGUAUCAGUCAGCGGCUUAUAAUAACCGUCAUGUGGUGUGGUGUGGUGUGGUGUGGUUACUAUAUGUUGUGUUGUGUGGUGUGGUUACUAUAUGUUGUGCUGUGUGGUGUGGUUACUAUAUGUUGUGCUGUGUGGUGUGGUUACUAUAUGUUGUGUGGUUACUAUAUGUGGUGUGGUGUGGUGUGGUGUGGUUACUAUAUGUUGUGUUGUGUGGUGUGGUUACUAUAUGUUGUGUUGUGUGGUGUGGUUACUAUAUGUUGUGUUGUGUGGUUACUAUAUGUGGUGUGGUGUGGUGUGGUUACUAUAUGUGGUGUGGUUACUAUAUGUGGUGUUGUGUGGUAUGGUUACUAUAUGUGGUGUGGUGUGGUUACUAUAUGUGGUGUGGUUACUAUAUGUGGUGUGGUGUGGUUACUAUAUGUGGUGUGGUUACUAUAUGUGGUGGUGGUUACUAUAUGUGGUGUGGUUACUAUAUGUGGUGUGGUAUGGUUACUAUAUGUGGUGUGGUUACUAUAUGUGGUGUGGUGUGGUUACUAUAUGUGUGUGUUGGUGUGGUGUGGGUUACUAUAUGUUGUGUUGUUGUGGUGUGGUUUACUAUAUGUUGUUUGUGUGGUUACUAUAUGUGGUGUUGUGUGGUGUGGUUACUAUAUGUUGGUUGUUGUGUGGUGUGGUUACUAUAUGUUGUGUUGUUGUGGUGUGGUUACUAUAUGUUGUGUGUGUGUGUGUUACUAUAUUGUGGUGGUGGUGUGGUGUGUGGUUACUAUAUGUGUGUGUUGUGUGGUGUGGUUACUAUAUGUGGUGUGGUGUGGUUACUAUAUGUGGUGUGGUUACUAUAUGUGGUGUGGUGUGGUUACUAUAUGUGGUGUGGUUACUAUAUGUGGUGUGGUGUGGUUGGUUACUAUAUGUGGUGGGUUAUAUAUGUGUGGGUACUAUAUGUGGGGUACUAUGUGGUGUGGUGUGGUUACUAUAUGUGCUGUGGUUACUAUAUGUGGUGUGGUGUGGUAUAGUUACUAUAUGUGGUGUGGUGUGGUGUGGUUACUAUAUGUGGUGUGGUGUGGUGUGGUGUGGUUAAUACAGUUGAAGUCGGAAGUUUACAUACACUUAGGUUGGAGUCAUUAAAACCAGUUUUUCAACCACUCCACAAAUAUCUUGUUAACAAACUAUAGUUUUGCAAGUCGGUUAGGACAUCUACUUUGUGCAUGACACAAGUAAUUUUUCCAACAAUUCUUUACAGACAGAUUAUUUCACUUAUAAUUCACUGUAUCACAAUUCCAGUGGGUCAGAAGUUUACAUACACUAAGUUGAAUGUGCCUUUAAACAGCUUGGAAAAUUCCAGAAAAUGAUGUCAUGGCUUUAGAAGCUUCUGAUAGGCUAAUUGACAUCAUUUGAGUGAAUUGGAGGUGUACCUGUGGAUGUCUUUCAAGGCUUACCUUCAAAUUCAGUGCCUCUUUGAUCCUAACUGACCUAAGACAGGGAAUUUUUUACUAGGAUUAAAUGUCAGGAAUUGUGAAAAACUUAGUUUAAAUGUAUUCGGCUAAAGUGUAUGUAAACUUCCGACUUCAACUGUAUGUGGUGUGGUGUGGUUACUAUAUGUGGUGUGGUUACUAUAUGUGGUGUGUGUGAUGCUGGAGUAAGUGUAGCCGUGAAAAACCUGUUGAAUCUUCUAAUGAAAAGGCAGAGCGAGAGAAAGAGAGAGAGAGCAAGAUGGUGUGUGUGUGUGUGUGCCUGAGAGAGAGAGAGAGAGAGAGAGAGAGAGAGAGAGAGUUGAGAGAGAAAGAGAGAGCGAGAGAGAGAGAGAGAGGAAACAAGAAAGAGGGGGAUGAGGUGGGCGAGAGAAAGUACUGAAUUUGAUAACGUUGUGUUACUCAAUUAUUUCAAUAAAUUCUCGACUCAUCACUAAGAUCUGUAGCGAGAUCAACAGGAGUGAAGAGAAGAGGGGGUUUGGUCAGAGGUGAGAAAUACUAAUCUACUAGCCUAGAUCCAUCAUGAGAACUAAACUCUGCUGUGUGACAGGACAGCAGAGACACAGGACACAUCCAUGUUCCUCAUGUCUUUAAUAGAUCAAAGGAACAUAAGAACCAUCAACAAGGUAAACAGAACUGUACUGUACCACGGCUCCUGCCCCACUGCCCUAACACUACAGCUACUAUAUCUCAGGAGAAACAUCUCCCUCCCUCUCCUCAUUGUAUGGUUGGUUUUCUCUCUGUAGAUUUUGUACAAGAAGAAGAAGCCUGGGAUUCAGAAGAGUUUGUGAGUCUGUGCACUGUAAAACACUCUCACUUUUACAUUACAUUGCUACCAAGCCACAUAUCCAUCCACACAAUGUAGAAAUGUAGCUUUACAUCAUCAAUAGAAGACCCUUGUCAUCAAAACCAUAUCACUAAUCACCAACCUGUCAUUCUACAUUUCCCACCUCUCCUCUCCUCUCCUCCCCUCCUCUCCUCUUCUCCCCUCCUCUCCCCCUCCUCUCCCCCCUCCUCUCCUCUCCCCCCUCCUCUCCUCUCCUCCUUUCCCCUCCUCUCCUCUCACCCCUCCUCUCCUCCCCCCUCCUCGUCUGUCAGGAUAUGAGUGAUAACGACUAUGAGAACCUUGAAGAGGACGACAGUUAUAUCUGUGCCUUGUCUGACCGCCUGCCACCCCCACCACCAGCAGCACCUGCAGAGGGAGAGGAGGCUACAGAAGAGAUCCCACGCCUCCUCAAUUUCACCAAGCCCCUAGGGAACAGUGACUAUACAGGUACAGUAGCUGUGCAAUUAACCAUUACUGACUGUCUUUAGUGAAUACAUACUGUCGGUACUAUAGCUCAGCUGUGUGUGUGUGUGGGGGGGUGUUUGUUUGUUUGAAGGUCUGUCAGUAACCCCUCCAGCUGGAAGGACUCCCAGACCACCCCAGCGCUCCUGUCCUCAGGCCCCCAGUCGUAACAUGGUGAGUGUCUUCUUCAUCAUAGUCUUCAUUACAAUAUCACUAUUUUUUCCUCUUCUCAUCCUGUCUUCUUUACAGACCCCUACAGUUUCAUUCAUGUUACCAUCCGUCCAUCUCAUACCCUCCUCACUCUUUCUGAAAUCAAUCAUGGUUAAUGAAGCUUCCAACUCUCUCCCGCUCUUUUCCCCCCUCUCUAGCUGGCCAAACCUCCCACAUCCAGACUAGGCCCCUCCCAUUCAAAGCUGCAGGCAAACGUAAGUCAUUCUUACCAUGAUUCAAAUAAUCAAAGCUUGUUGAUGAGUUGGUUAUGUGAAUCAGCUGUGUAGUGCUAGGGCAAAAACCAAAACGUGCACCCAGGGGGGCACCAGGACCGAGUUUGGGAAACCCUGGUUUAGAGGUAGAUCAAGCUCACCGACGUAAAAUUAGGACAAAAAAUCAGGACAGAUUACAUUUUUGUUAUUUAGCAGACAAUCAGUGCAUUAUAUGAGGUAGCAUUCAACGAAGGUAGGUAAAACCAUAGAAUUAAAAUGACUAGAACGGACAUGGCCUAAUCUAAUUCCAUGGUUUUCUCUACCUUAGUUAAAACAACCUGUCAGAUCAUACCUCUGCAACAUCUUUAAAUGCUUAUUAGUGGUUUGUUUGAGACAUUUCUUCCUAAAUAUCUACCUCCCCCACCCCCAACAGGCCCUUCUGUCCCCCUGAUCGACCAAAGCAAGAAGUCUGGACAGCCUCCUCCCCCCAAGAAACAACCUCCUCAUCAUCACACAAACACCAAAACAACUCCUACAAGUAAUGCUCUGUCAACUGUCUGUUGUCCUGUUGAUUUAGCCUCCUAGUCUGUUUAUUCAGGUCAAGUCUUUUCAAUUCAAUAUUGAAAAAAUAUAUAUAUAUUAAUACCUAAGGGGCAAUUAAAAAGGCAUUGUCAGUGUGUGGAGACCCAUUAUGCUAUAUAUUAUAGUUGCCUUGCAAAGACAAAGAAAAGUCAGCUUCGGUAGGAACAGAUUGCCACCAUUAUGGCUACUGUUGACUAGUAGGUUGAGAAUGCCUAACUUCUAUAUUUUCUGUGUCUGUUUGGUGACUACCCACUGUGUCCAGGAGAGGGCAGUCCAUUCCGCUUUCCCCAGGCGGCCAUAGUGAAGCCACCUCAACUAAAGGCCCCAAAGUCACUAGACUAUUCUAACUGGUAACCUAACCCUGACCUCUCCAUUCCCGUUAACCCCUUGGCUGUAUCUCAACAGUCUAAAGGCGCUUCUUCCCCUUCUCAGUUGUUCUAUUGAAUAGAAAGUCUUGAUGACAACAAAGGAAUUUUGUUUUUACCGGUUCAAGUUCCUUCAGUAAAUUCAGAGAGUGAGAAUUAGAGGAGAAUAAUUGAGAUGUAGAUCGAGCCAAUCCUCCUAACAUAUUGUACUAUGAUAUCUUCUCUACCAACAGAUCCAGCUCAAGUAAACCUCCUGCUCCUCCUUCUUACCCACCUUCAAAGGUCCCCAACACAAAACCAGGCACAUUAUAUUAUAUAUUACAUGGAAGGUGACAGAUCAAUCAAUCAAAUGCCCUUUUUACAUCAGUAGUUACAUCAGCAGAGCCUUUAUGCAAUCCAUACGGUCCAUACCACUUUUCAAACGUUAUUUACAUAAACAUACAAUACAUGUAAUAAAAUGAGCAAAACACCAAGUUUUACUGAAGAGAAUUAUAAAGGACAUGUAAUUAGCGUCACUGGCCACUAGAUGGCACUGUUGCAGUAUACAAACACUAGGGCCACAGCUGCAUUCGUCUUUUAGGGUCCACACACAAAACACUACAAAACCGACCAAGCACAACCAGGCAUAAAAACCCCAUAGAUACAGUGCCUAAGAAUUUAACAGCAUUAAAAAACAGGUGUAAAAACCGCACACUAGAGAAGACAGGUGUGUGUGGUCUAGAAUGUUGGUUUUUACACUUGUUUUUGAACAGCCUACUAGUUGUUCCUGCACAACCAACGCGUGGAUCUAGACACAAUGGGUUUUGUCUUUUUAUUUUGUAUUCUAACUCUGUUGAUCGGUUGCUGUUCCCUGCUGUGUACAGGGCAUGGUCCCUGUGUGGUAUGGAGGACUGGUCACCAGAGGCCAGGCUGAAGCAUCUCUCAGAUGGGUUAACAAGGUCAGGAAUCCCCCUCCCCUGGUGGGCUUCACUAACACACACAGUGUGUAUCAACGUAGCUGUGUGUGUUUCAGGAUGGAGCGUUUCUGGUGAGGGACAGUUCCAAGGGCUCUCCUGAGCAGCCCUACACCCUCAUGGUGCUGAACCAAGGCAAGGUCUAGAACAUCCAGAUACGUCACCAAGGCAACACAUACCACCUGGACACCCGCCUCAUGGGUAGGGAGGUAAACAAAUAGCCGUCAAGGGACUCCCUCACAAACAAGAAUUCGACUUCUUUAAAAAUAAAAAUAAAUAUUUUUAAUGAUUUUAUUGAACAAGAUAGAGGUUGUGUCAAAGGUAACUAAGCCGGAUUUAAACCUUUGCCGACACUGUGUGCUGGCGUCAUUACCACUAGACCAGCCAGGCCACAGAAUUCAAGGGUUUUCAGCUUAGCAUGCAAAUGCAAUUAAACAUUGGUCAUCUAGUUAACAGCCGCUUUUAUUACAUUUUACAUUUUAGUCAUUUAGCAGAUGCUCUUAUCCAGAGCGACUUACAGUUAGUGAGUGCAUACAUUAUUUUUUUAUUUUUCAUACUUGCCCCCUGUGGGAAACGAACCCACAACCCUGGCGUUGCAAAUGCCAUGCUCUACCAACUGAGCAACAUCCCUGCCGGCCAUUCCCUCCCCUACCCUGGACGACGCUGGGCCAAUUGUGCGCCACCCAAUGGGUCUCCCAGUCGCGGCCGGCUACGACAGAGCCUGGAUUCGAACCAGGAUCUCUAGUGGCACAGCUAGCACUGUGAUGCAGUGCCUUAGACCACUGCUUACAGCUUACAGUUUACAAACAGAUCUGGCACUCAGGCUGUAGGGUUUAUUGGCUGUGCACAGAUAAACACCACCCACUUGUUGACUUGAUGCCUUAAUGGCCCAGUGCAAGAUUUUGCUGUGUUUUAUAUAUAUUUCCACACUAUGAGGUUGGAAUAAUACUAUGAAAUUGUGAAAAUGAUAAUGUCCUUUUAGUGUUAGAGCUGUUUGAAAAGACUGCCUGAGAUUUCAGCCUGUUUUUGUGGGAUGGAGUUUUGGCUUGCCUGGUGACAUCACCAGGAUGUAAAUUAGUUAAUAGACCAAUAAGGAAGAGUUCCAAACCUCUUUGCCAAUAACAGCUAUUUUUCAGUUUUCCCCUCCCUACUCAGACCACUCCCAGACAGUCCUGGCAAAAUUAUUGCUUCUGAAAUUGCUCUUCCAGCUACAAGGUCAAAAUUAUCUAUAUCUUAAAAAUUCAUGAAAACAAACAUUUGCUUUUAGGUCUUCAUUUAAGGUUAGGGUUAGGCAUUAGGGUUAGCAGUGUGAUUAGGGUUGAGGCUAGGGUUAGGUUUAAAAUCAGAUUGUAUGACUUUGUGGCUGUGCCAGCUAGUGACCACUCUGCAGAGUUCAUGACAACAAAUGCCAACCUGCUACCACAUCAUAAACUAACCAAUGGGCCUUUCCAUUCUAUGCUGCUGUGUUGCUGAUGCAGAGUUUCCCAGGAGUGAAGGAGAUGAUAGACCACUACACACACACACCUCUGCUGCUCAUAGACAUGGAGAGAGGAACUGGAGCACAGAGCCAGUGCUGCCUGCUGCACCCUGCACCACUCUGACCAUAACCAGCAGCACAGGAGACACAGUGUGUGUUCCUUUAUGACUCACCUGGUUAUAUAAAGGGAAGAAAAAAAGGAGUGUAUAAAGUAGCUUGUAGGGAGAAGAGAGGGAACCAGAUUUGUAUUAGGUACAGUCGCCAAUUCACAAUGGAGGGUUUCUUUUCAUGUUAUAAGAAGGUUAAUGUUAUGAAGUUGCAUGUCGUAAGUUAAAUAUAGUGAAGUAGUAUAUAUUACACUGGUCUUCACCUGUCAUUUUUAGGUUGUGAUCAUUAAGCUGAGAGAAAAAUGUGUUUGAUUACAAGUGUGACUAUGUGGACUAAUGAUGGUCCCUAUCCAGUUCUAUAACCCACUGGCUCCAUGCUUUCCUCUCACACACACACACACACACACACACACUUCCUCCUUUCCUCUCUAUCCUCUCCUUCUUCACCUUCAUUUCCUCUCCAUCCUCCUCCAUCUUCUUCAUCUUCUCCUCCUCCUCAGCCUGAGGUCAUGUUUGGCCAGGUCACCCACCCCCUGUUCCACUCUGUUCAGAGAGGCCAUCUUGUCACACGAUCAGGUCACACUGUCUCAGCUGUGUCCGCACUGUGAACCGCACUGAACAGAAGAAAGCAUUCACAAAAAAACACACUGUAAAAUAAACUUCUGUCUAUUAGACAAAGCUGGCCUAGCUCUGUGCACUUUUUAAAAGAGGUUUAAAAUCAAAAGGACUGAGUCUACCAAAAUGUAUGAUUUUUAUUUAAGAACAGUUGAUUUGUUGAUUAGUUGAACUGCAUGUGGCAUUGCAGGGCUAGAACAAGAAUGUGGAUUGUCUGACAGUUCCCUAGGUAGGAGAGGGUGUGGAUUGUCUGACGGUUCCCUAAGUAGGAGAGGGUGUGGAUUGUCUGACGGUUCCCUAAGUAGGAGAGGCUUGGGAAACACUGUAGUAGAUAAAGGAGGGGGUUGGGAACACUGUAGUAGAUAAAGGAGGGGGUUGGGAACACUGUAGUAGAUAAAGGAGAGAGCCCAGAGGGGUAAAGAAGAGAGAUACAGAUGUACCUACAUGCCAGUCUGUCCAGACACUCAGACAUGGAGUCCAGCCCCUUCAGAAUGUGGUCCAGAUCAGCAGAGUCACCCUGUUCUGUACUCCUCUCGCUUCUCUCCAUCUGAAACACAACAGACAGUCAACAACUGUAUAUUACAUUCAGUCAGUGCAAAGUCAACGUGCAUGGCCACUGGUUCACAUAGAAAGAAAUAGCCUACAUUCAAACAUUCACAUUUAUCAACAUACACUGAACAAAAAUAUAAAUGCAACAUGUAAAGUGUUGAUCCCAUCUUUCAUGAUAUGAAAUAAAAGAUCCCAGAAAUUUUCUAUAUGCACAAAAAGCUUAUUUCUCAAAAAAAAAAUGUUUUGCCCUGUUAGUGAGCAUUUCUCCUUUGCCGAGAUAAUCCAUCCACCUGACAGGUGUAGCAUAUCAAGAACCUGAUUAAACUGCAUGAUCUGGGGACAAUAAAAGUCCACUCUGAAAUGUGCAGUUUUGGCACACACAAUGGCACAGAUGUCUCAAGUUGAGGGAGUGUGCAAUUGGCAUGCUGACUGCAGGAAUGUCCACCAGAGCUGUUGCCAGAUAAUUAAAUGUUUAUUUGUCUACCAUAAGCCGCCUCCAACGUCGUUUUAGAGAAUUUCAGUGGGCAAAUGCUCAACUUCGAUGGCCACUGGCACACUGGGAAGUGUGCUCUUCACGAUUGAAUCCCAGUUUCAACUAUACCAGGCAGAUGGCAGACAGCGUGUAUGGCGUUGUGUGGUCGAGCGGUUUGCUGAUGUCAACGUUGUGAACCGGGUGCCCCAUGGUGGCGGUGGGGUUAUGGUAUGGCCAGGCAUAAGCUACAGACAACAAACACAAUUGCAUUUUAUCAAUAGCAAUUUGAAUGCACAGAGAUACAUGACGAGAUCCAUUGUCGUGCCAUUCAUCCACCACUAUCACCUCAUGUUUGUAUGAAAAAUGUAUGCACUCACUAACUGUUAGUCGCUCUGGAUAAGAGAGUCUGCUAAAUGACUAAAAUGUAAAAUGUUAUGUUUCAGCAUGAUAAUGCAAGGCCCCAUGUCGCAUGGAUCUGUACACAAUGCCUGGAAGCUGAAAAUGUCCUAGUUCCUCCAUGGCCUGUAUACUCACCAGACAUGUCACCCAAUGAGCAUGUUUGGGAUGCUCUGGAUCAACGUGUAUGACAGCGUUUUCCAGUUCCCACCAAUAUCCAGCAACUUCGCACAGCCAUAGAGUAAGGUUACAUGCACACAAUAAUGUGAUUGUGGAUAAUCAGAUUCAUUUAACAGUUUGAUUAAAACGUUUAUAUGCUUUGCAAGAAGAACGAUUCCCUUAAUAAUCCUGUUUACAUGGUCACAUCUGAAGUCAGGCUACCUGAUGGCACUCUGAUAAAUGGAGAAAAUCGCCAAUCAAAAUAAACGUUCUACCACAGCGAACACGUUAUUUUUGGUAAGCAUAUUUGAUUCUGAGUUCGGACAUAACGUUUGUAUGUGAAAACUAGUUCUACUAUGCUACAUUCAGUUGUUCCGAACUCACUUCACUCGCACUAAAACGGGAGGCUCGCUCAGCUGGUGCUUGCACAUGCGCAGAUCAAAUACACAGCUGGAACGCUGAUUAAGGUGUUUACAUGUCCUAAUAAUUCGAACGAUUGCUCAGAAAACCAGUUGUUUUAAUCGGCAUAUGCUUACUUCGAUUUUGACCUUAUGCCGAUUAAGAUAAACAGAGUAAGGUAUUUAAAUGACUAUUGCAUAAUCUGCCUACGUUAUAUGGGCAUUGAAUUGGUGAAGGCCAGGUAGGGGAGGAGAUAGGGAUAAAUUACUUCUCCAAAGAGAGACAUAUUGGAUAGCCCCAGCAGGCCUUAAUGAGGAAUGUUAUUUUUCUUGUUGUUUGUAGUAUGCUAUUAUAGUAUGCUAUAUAAUAUAAUAGGCCAAACCCUUUGGUAAUGGCAUCUUAAUGUAAUUGUAUUGUGUGUCUAUGUAUCUUUAUUAGAUUGUCAUGUUUCCCCCACAGCUCUCUCUGCUGGGAUCUCUUGAUUGGGCCAAUACUGACUGGGAAUUGAGAAUUAUGCCCACCGGUGUGAGUUCUUGUUGUGACAUUGAUUGACAUUGCCUUGCACGCUGAAGAAGGGCUCAUACCCGAAACGUUCGUGCGACAAUAAAAAUGUGUCAAUUUAAGUGUAUUUACCGGAGCGCUGUCCCAUUACUGUUCUUUGGAUUAUAUACCAGGAUCCAGCACCUGAUUUAAGUUGAUAUACAUUUACAUUUUAGUCAUUUAUCAGACGCUCUUAUCCAGAGCGACUUACAUUAUUAUUAUUAUUAUUAUUAAUCUUUUUUCAUACUGGCCCCCCGUGGGAAUCGAACCCACAACCCUGGCGUUGCAAACGCCAUGCUCUACAUCCCUGCCGGCAAUUCCCUCCCCUACCCUGGACGACGCUGGGCCAAUUGUGCGCCGCCCCAUGGGUCUCCCGGUCGUGGCCGGCUACGACAGAGCCUGGAUAUAAAGUGGAGUCGAGCACAUUGUUUAUCUUUUCAUAAUCUGCCUACUGCCAUAAUCCGUUUAUCUAAUUAUUAGUGUACAUGUAAACGUACUGAUUGACGAGGAGUGGGACUACAUUCCACAGGCCACAAUCAACAGCCUGAUCAACUCUAUGCGAAGGAGAUGUGUUGCGCUGCAUGAGGCAAAUGGUGGUCACACCAGAUACUGACAGGUUUUCUAAUCCACGCUCCUACAUUUAAGGUAUCUGUGACCAACAGAUGCAUAUCUGUAUUCCCAGUCAUGUGAAAUCAAUAGAGUAGGGCCUAAUGAAUUUAUUUAAAUUGACUGAUCUCCUUAUAUGAACUGUAAUUUAGUAAAUUCUUUGCAACUGUUGCAUGUUAAGUUAAUAUUUUUGUUCAGUGUAAAUACUACUCUGAAGAAUGAGAUAAGGCUUACAGUUUCUAAAGUCUUUAAGUACAACGCUACAGUACCAUGACUGCUGGGGGUAUGACUAGGAUGUGACUAUCAAGAUGUAAAAUGUCAACAUGUGUAUGCACAUUUUACCAACUCCUUUUGGCAUCCCAAUAAACAAGCUAACAGUCAAUAUUCUCGAUUCAAGUUUUAUCUUAUUAUUUGACCAAACAGGCAAACCACAAAUUCAUAACACAACACUAAAGUUAAUUGAACACCCUGUCUUCAGGUACAUAACAAACAACCAUAAUCUACAUAUAACAGCCUGCUGCUCAGUUUAGACAGCAUGCAGUGUGGGGCAGGAGUCAUCUAUCUCAAUCAUCUAUCUCCUGUGGCUUCUGCUUCUGUCAAAGAGAGAGGCUGCAGAUAUGGGACUCUAGUCUACAUAUAACCAACAUUGUAGACAAGCAUACAGGGCACAGGCUACUAUCUUUGGAUUAAGGUCAAUUUCAGAACAUCAGACAUUCCCGGUGAAUCACAGCCAAUCACAUUUCUGUCAGUGAGAUGGAGGUGGUAUGUACAGGUCUGGGACACUCCAUCCCCAUCACUUGGUUCAGCCCCUGUCCCAGUUCCUAUCCCAUCCCCUGGUUCAGCUCCUGUUCCCCAGGGGAGCCACAGAUGACAGCCCUGCAGCGGAGGAACUCUUCCUCCAGCUGCUGUAGGGAGUCCCCCAGAUCAGGACUGGUCCGCUGCACCACCAUGUCAUAG